AUGAAGGAGUUCCACCUUUACUUUGAGCAUGGAGUGGAUAUUCCUGUUGUAACUGACGAUGAGUCUGUGGUGGAGGAAGUGGUUUCUGAAGAUGACGAUGUGUUGGUGGUGAUAGAUUCUUCAAAAUCUUCUUCCUCCUCCUAUGAUUCAUACGAGAGUGCUGAAGAUGAAGCUUACAAGCCCCCUCCUCCUGGGUAUGAGACUGAGAGUUCUGAGGAGUCUGUUGAUGUACAAAGAAAAAAGAAGAAAAAUGAAAAGUUUGGCUCACCUAAGACUAUGGCAAAGAGAAGGGCCUCCAAGGGAUAUACUGGUAAGAGGAGGAUGAAACAUAUUCUGAAUAGAGAAAUGGAAAGUGGGUCUAGCAGUGGAGAUUCAGGGUUAGGCCAAGGCCCAGGUAGUGGAGGCUGUGUUGGGCCGGAUCUAGGUAAUAUGAAAGGCCCAGCUAGUAUUGGAAAUGUGGAACAAAAGGGGGUUGCAAUUGAGGCUGGUGAGGAAUUUGUUGAUGGUGCUGACAUUGUAUAUGAAUAUGAGUUUGAGGGUUUUGUGACUCCCAUUUUAUCAGAUGAUGAGAGGGGCCCUGCUGGUCCAGAUUUUAAUGAAGGCAAAACAUUUGGAGAGGUGCAGUUUAGGCUAGGUAUGCAGUUUGCAACUAUGGAGCAAUUUAAAAGAGCACUUAAGGAUGUGUUUGUGCAAGAUGGAAGGGAUUGCAUGUACCUGAAAAAUGAGCCGAAAGAGUUAGAGCAGCUUGUGCGGAGGAAGAUUGUUGUUAGCUAAUUUUUGUGUCGAAGAACUCGGUUACCAACUCUUUUGAGGUCAAGACAUUUCACAGUGAGCACACAUGUGGCCGGGAUUAUGGAAGCAACCUUGCUGAUAAAAAUUGGGUUGCUGAGAAAUUAGGAUUGCGACUAAAAACGCAACCAAAGUUGACACCUAAGGAGGCAAUGCAACAUAUGAAAGAAGACUAUAAUGUUCAAUUGAAUCAAAAGAUGAUUACACGAGCAAUAAAGCAAGCUAAGGAGACUGUGUUGGGCAGUGAAGGGGCACAAUUUGGGAAGCUGAGGGACUAUCUGAAUGAGAUACACAAGAGCAAUCCAAGGAGCACAGCACAUAUGAACACCUUACCCCAGCCACAAGGGUCAAACUUGUUUCAGAGAUUGUAUAUCAGUUUUGAUGCUUGCAAAAGAGGCUUCAGGAAUGGGUGCAGGCCACUCAUCGGGCUGGAUGGGUGUUUCUUUUAGGGUUACUAUGGAGGCCAACUUCUUUCUGCAGUGACACAAGAUGUAAAUAAUCAUGUAUUUAUCAUCACAUUUGGUGUAACCAGGGUUGAGAACACUGAUAAUUGGAAAUGGUUUCUGACUUACCUUCAGGAGGACUUCGGGGCAAGCAUGCUCUUUGGAUGGCAUUUGAUGUCUGAUCAACAGAAAGUAAGUUACAUAGUUACUAGCUAGCCUCUACUAUUGUUAGUUUGUGAUAACUUAACUAUGUGAUAUAAUAUUCUGCAGGGUCUUGUAAGGGCAGUCCAAGAGGUGAUGCCAAAUGCAUUUCAUAGGAACUGUGUGAUGCAUAUGUGAAAAAAUUGUGAAAAGAGGUUUAAGGACAAACAGGUUAAGGGUUGUGUUUGGGAAGCUGCUAGGAGCACAACUCCAGUUCAGUUCAAGGCUGCUAUGGAUAGGUUGAAAACUGUGAGUAAUGGAGUUUGGGAAUACAUGAGUAAGUUUGACCCUAAGGUAUGGUAUAAGGCAUUUUUCAGUCAUUAUCCUAAGAAUGCUGCUGUGACAAACAACAUGUGUGAGUCUUGGAACGCAAUCAUUGUGGAAGCUAGGGAGAAACCAAUUCUAACACUGUGUGAGAAGCUACGGGUUCAUGUUAUGAACAAAAUGGCUAGACACAAGAGGAUCCUAGGGGCAUAUAAAGGAAGGCUAGCACCAGUGCAGCAAAUGAAAUUAGACAAAUGGAUUAAGCCACAAAGUCACAAGUAGAAUGCUUAAUGGUGUGGUGACAAUGACAGGGUUGUAUUUGAGGUAUCCAGGAAUACACAAAAACUUGGGGUUAACCUGAAAAAUUAAACCUGCACAUGUAAUUUAUGGCAGCUCACAGGUUAGGUGUAUGCAUGUCAAAUCACUCAAUUUUUUUGGUAAUGUUGUUGAGCUAUGGAUGAUGUUAUAUUUGAUAAAUUAUGUUCUGUAGGUGUACCUUGUGUUCAUGCUAUUGCAGCAAUAUCCAGAGUGAGGGUAAAAUCAGCUGUAGACUUCGUGUCUCCAUUUCUCACUAUGGAAACCAUAAGGAAGACAUAUGACAUUUGUAUCAACCAUGUACUCAGUGAAGAGUAUUGGGAACCAACUAACCAACUGAAGGCUGAUCCACCAAAAAUUGUGAGACCUGUUGGUAGACCAACUAAGAGGAGAAAGGAAUCAGCUACACCUCCAGCUCCAAGUGAUGGCAACAAGGUUAGAAGGACCUUCUAGGUUACCUGUAGCAAAUGCGGAGAAAGUGGCCACUAUUUCAAAACAUGUAAGGGAGCACCUAAAAACCCUAACUGGCAACCAAAAAGCAGGAGAAAUAACAAGGGUGGAACAUCUGGCCACACUCACAACAAACCCAUGCAUCAAAGGCCGAACCCUACUUUAGAGGAAAUUAGGGUUAGAACUGUGAAUUUUACUUUGCUAUGCUUUUUGUUCUUUAGGUUUAGUGUUGUGCUUGGCUGUGUGUCUUUUUAGACCUGAUUGGUUUGCUAUAUUAUUGUUUGAAACUAGAACAGGCUAAGAUUAAGAAGCAUAAGAAAAAGAUGCCAAAGAGACCACAUGCUCCACAAGAGGAAAUUCCAAUCACUCAAUCUGCCCCUCCAGUGGUAAAUGUUAUUCACUAUACUAUGCAGUCUAACUUGUUAACUCUUUUUUUUUUUUGUGAAGUAACUAGCUGAUUUUGGAUGUUGUUGCAUAGCAAUCUCAAGGUGAACCUACAACACCAGGCCAGCCAACACCUUCACCACCAGGCCAGUCAAGUCCUGCACCACCAGCCCAACCAAGUGCCAGAUUCAGGCCCAAGCUGAAGACUUUUAGGCCACCAGGUUCUCUGAAUCCACAAAUAGGCCACCAGCCAGCAGCUACACCAGAAAAUCUUGAGGCCAUCUCCAAGGAAACAGUGGCUGCAUCAAGUGGAGAAACCUCUUCAGACUUAUUGAAGUUCAUUCCAACACCAAAUUUCAGGCCACUAAAGCAGACUUAGUUAACUAGGAUUUUUAGACCAUAAGACUUAUCUGUUUGUAAUGCUGUUUAUAUUUUUUAGUUGC